AACGACCUCAGUUUCCGAGUUUGUUUACUGAAGAGCGCUCGCUAUGCCUGCCGAAAUCAAAUGGCAACCGAAAACCCAGCUUUACAAGUACAACUACGGCGUCGGUAUGAAUUUUUACCAACCCAUGGUCGACUUUAUCGAUGAAAAAACGCACGGACAACACGUAUCGGUCCCCCACCUUCCCUGGACCGAGGAACUGGGCCUGGACCAGUUUGACCCGACGCGAAUUAGCAGUUACUCCGAGCAAGACCUGGCGAAAGUGUCCGAAAGAACGGAAAGAAACGCCAAACUUCGUAUGGCCCGUGGUCAUCACGCCAGUUCCAGCUUCCUGUUGUCCGAGUCGGUCAGUGCUGCGAGAAUCACCACGAAAAUCCAACAGGAAACACGUAAAAAGGACAAACUAGUCAAGGAAAUUAAUAAACUGAAAAGCAGAAUGAAGGACGAUAUUGAAUAUAAUCCAGACGAAGACAAACAGAUCGAACGUGAACUCAGAGCAGAACAAAGAUUCUUGAGAGGAAAAUCUUCCGGUGGAAUUGCAGCUCAACUGCUUUUAAGCAGUCGUAAGGCCAUAGAACAAGGUUUGGAAAAAGAACAUGUUAGUGCUGCAUCAGCUGGACGAGUUAUUCAAUUGCACUCGAAGUUCAUGGAUGAAAGAAACACCAGACAGUUAGAACAGGCUUUCAAGCAGCCUCUGGAUUCUUUGAGCCAGGAAUUAAGAGGGUUUGAUCGUCGAACUACGCACAUUCUCAUCGACCAAAGGUGACCAUGUAUGUUAUUU